UUCAUGGCGAUUAACAUCAAAUAUUCUGUGAAAUUAUCUGACAAUAUGACAGUUGUGAUCCCACAAAUCAUGUCAAAAAGUGUUCAAGUUAUGUAUAGUGGUUUUGGAAGAGAAACAAACGGAAUAAAGAAGUUAAAUUUCUCUACAACAGAAACAUAUAAACACUUGCUAGAAGCACUUACUUCAAAAUGUACGGAUCUAAAACAUAAAGAAAUUGCUAGCCAAUUGAGUCGCUGGUUUUCAGGUGCAAAGGAUAGGGAAGGCGGGAAGAAAGAAAGAUUGUAUAAAAAAAUUAAAAUGAGUGAAACUAUUUAAUAAUUGAAUGUAGA